ACCAUGCGGUCCCCAAAACAACCUUGUUCUACUCUGAUAUUGCAAAUCUGUCUCGAGCGGGGUAUUUUGCACGAUCGGCAUCUGUGAUGGAGCAAGCAUCUGUAUUUGCACAAACAAGAUGCUGCAGCACGGCAGAUUUAUCCUGCUUCUGAUCGGAGUCAUCACAUUUGUGCUUACACUCUCUUCUAUAAAUCUCUUGUCGAAGAGCAUUGCCGCACAACAUUACGCAUCUCUCGGAGCACAGUCAGAGGAAGGGCAGACAGACUGGCUACGGUUCUUGGACCGGGCAGAAGCUAAUAUCGGCAGCCAUCUUCCACAAUUCUUGCAUCAUGAAAGCCAGCGGAAUGUCAUUACAGAGGAGACCAGGAAGAGCAGUGGAGCAGAGUCCCAGCCGCGCAGCAGCAGGGCCCAGAUGCUGCAACCACCCUUGUCUAAUAAGAAAGCUUCGGACAGGAAGAUCUGCAAGAUGCUGCCCAAUACAGAUUACUGGGGCGAAGCAAUUGUAUGGGGUCCCCAAAACAAGGUAGACAGUGCGGAGGAGUGCUGUCAGCAAUGCGCCAACUACAGCCCUGCCUCUGAGGACGACAUGGAUUGCAAUGUCUGGGUGUGGUGCGGCGACAAGGAGCGCUGCAAAGGAUCAUACAGGGACUGCUGGCUCAAGCACCUGGCGCACCCAGAGGCUGUGAACCCAGCGACAGGGCCCAAAGUGCCGUGGACAAGUGGCUUGUCCGGGGUCGACAACAGCAUGGACGAUGAUCCUAAGCAGGUUGGGGGCGGGGAGCGGCGCUACCACGUGGUGGUAACGGCGCAGGGGAGCGCGGUGCACUGGCAGGCGCGCGUGCACUACUACUGGUACGUCAAGACGCGCGCGCAGUGCGUGGAGCAGCUUGGCGUGGACUGCCAGAUGGGCGGCUUCACGCGCAUCCUGCACUCCGGCCGCGCCGACGAGCUCAUGGAUGAGAUUCCCACCCAUGUGGUCGAGCCGCUGCAGGACCGGGACAACAAGGGGUAUGUGGUGCUGAACCGGCCGUACGCGUUCGUCCAGUGGCUGCGCACGGCGGUGUUUCCCGAGCGCUACGUGCUUAUGAGCGAGCCGGACCACCUGUGGCUGCGGCCCAUGCCCAACCUUAUGCUCGGCAACCACCGUCCGGCGGCUUUCCCCUUCUUCUACAUCGAGCCGGCCAAGAAGGACUUCCAGCGCCUGACCGAGAAAUUCACAGGGCCCCUCUCUCUGAAGCAGGCCGAGUCCAUCGCGCCCAUGGGUAACGCUCCAACGCUGAUGAGCCUGAAGAGCCUGAGGAAGGUGGCGCCCACCUGGAUGAAUGUGUCAAAGGCCAUCUUUGAUGACAAGGAGGCCCACGAGGCAUGGGGGUGGGUGCUGGAGAUGUACGCCUUCACCAUAGCCUGCUACAUGGAGGGGCUGCCCACGGCCUCACUCCACAUCAAGAUGAUGGCGCAGCCGCCCUGGGACACCAAGCUCUGGCCGUACUAUCUGCUGCACUACACGUAUGGCAUGGACUACAAUGCAACGACAGGGGAGCACAUGCCGGGAAAGUACGGGGAAUGGCGAUUUGACAAGCGCAGCUACGCUCAAGUGCCGCCACCGCGCCACCUGGAUGCACCCCCUGACCUCGUCAGCAAUGAGCUGGUGCGCAAACUCAUUGAUGUCAUCAACGAGGCGACCAGUGCCAUCCCUGGCUGGGACGACUAUGCAGCGACGGGCGUUGCAAAGCAAUUGUGGAAUGGAAAUUUCAGGUAGCACCAUUGCGACCGAUAACUGGUGUCCAGAAUCUGAUCCUCAAACGCAGUCUGAUGAGGAAGGGGCCAGUCCAUUUGAACUCUGCAGUACCAUAUGUCAGGUGCAUGAGGGUUGGAGAACAGCAAAAACCAGAAUUAAGAAUUGAACUGAUUUGAAACUGUGCAGUGGGUAGCUUCAGUUCUUUGGGCUGGUUGCCAUGUUUUACCAAGCAACUCCGCCCGUGGUUUUGCACUAUGUCAGUAGUCACUGCUUCGAGUUGUCCAGAAUUUGGUAGACCAAAGGAACUGUGAGCUCUCGAUCAAGGCGAUGUUUGCUACAUAUUGCGCUUGCUGUAUAAUUUUGAAAUGUGGUGACCAUUUUGCAAAGGGAAGGAAGCCAAAAAAAUGCAGUGUGGCAGGUCCGUAUCAGGAUGUCAGAAUUGACUUGCCGUACAGCCUUUUAAUAAUUAACGAAGUGCUCCGGGAAAUUUCUAGCCUUCAAUGAUAAUACAUGCACACCAGAACUCUCUACCUCCCCUCUCAUCUCAGUGUCUGAUAGCAAAACAGAUGGCGCAAACAACCCUGUCACCCUAAUCAAACCCCGUCACAUAAUCAAUUACUUGUCCUCGAUACACCCACUCAACCUAUCGCCCACUGCUUGACCUGUGAGGGAAGGUCGCAUAAGACCUCCUGGGCAAAUAGCCGCAAAGAAGUCAACUAUUAUUGAAUGCUGGAUAGGUAUACUGGUGUCAUGCACAUUGUUCAGGUCCUUUGAUUCCUACCUAGGAAAUUUAUAUGGCCACACGCCACUGUUCUGGACAAUUCAGGACUCGAUCAGGACAUCAUGCAGCACCACAAGCAUGUUGUGCCUUGCAGGUUCUACUCUGCCACCAGCCCUUCUAUUCCUACACUUUGGGGUUCCCUGACAUUCAUCAUGACUCGCAAUGGACCUCAAAGGUGCAUCCACACCGGGUCGCAUUCCCGGAAAACGCCACCGCUCCUUUGCCAGAGCGCACAAUGCUGCAUGCAGUCUCACUUACUAGGCGCCUCUCAAUGAGGUCAAAUUGCGUCUAGAGGUGGGAGUCGCAGAUGGCGGCAUCGCGUGCGAGGAUGCCGUAGCCCUGCAGGCACUGGUCGUAGGUGCCCGUGACCUGGUUGAGGCCGGCCAGCGCGCCAGUCAGGCCCACGUUGUUGUCGAUGGCCACCCACGUGUCGUUGCUCGACCGGUUGUCGU